AUGGAGAACUACAGCGGUUCCGAUGACCCAGGCCCGGGAUUUUGCAUUGGUCAUUAUGAGAAAAAUCGGCUGGUACCAGUGAACUCCCAGGUGGUAAACCAGGUGCACGAGAGUAAUUAUGACAUGAUGACUGUCCCAGUUACUACGCCACACUUCCACUCGCGUGUUUUGGGUCUGCUAUCUGCUUACCUGGGCAAUCUGCAAGCGCCAUCCCAAGAUCCAAUUGGAACUAUGGCGACUACGCAGAACACCCGGCCUCUGGUGCUGCCACCGCUGUCCAAGGCGGACUCCCAUCUUACCCCCAAUGAGGCUACAAGCCAAUUGGUGGGUGUGACUAGCAGCUGGAUUGACCUUUGCUCGCCAGACCCAUUGAUUGCGGAUUUGUCCCGCCAGGUCCUCAUGCUGGAAGUAGCAUAUGCCGCGUUCUGUGGCAUUGGCUAUCUUCUGGUUCCGGGCCCUAAAUUGCACCACGGUGGGAUGCACUCGGAAGGUGUGACGUACUAUGCGCGGGCUAUCCAAGAUGCAUUGAGCCUUGGCCCAUACAUCCAAUAUCAUAUCUGGCUGCCAAUGAUCGACAACCCAGAGCUUGAGCUUGAUGCAAUAGGCGACCUGGCUCCUCUUGCUCGAGAAGAGUACCUGGUGCCAGAAGAAGGAAAUUCGGCAAAGCAAGAUCUGUUUGGGACCUGGGAUGCUUGGGAUUCCAUUCGAAGGACUUGUAAAUACCAUACAAGGCUUUUCCUCGCCCUCACUUUGCCAAAGCAGCUGCCGCCCUUAUCCGUGCAGUCGCGGUGGCAUUCGGAGCCAGUCCACCUGCUCACGAUUGAUGCCUCUGUGUUCCUCAAGAACCAGAAGGGGUUCCCAGUCUUGUCCAAAGCCCACCAAGCUUUGAUCGCGAAGCUCAUGCGUCUUCGAAAUCCGCCAUGGAUCCUUCUCUGUGAUGUCGGUCCUAUCCCGGGGCUUGAGAGCGCGGACGACUCCGAAACCAACCAGACCAACCUGUCUGGAAAAGACUACCCAAGUUUGUCGCAGGCGGCAACUAACAAAAAGCAUCACGAUCCUACCCCGCAUCUCUCUUAUCUGCGCAAUCUUCAGCAGCGUCAGCCGGCACGGACCCCUAUUGAGAGAUUUGGCGUGGGGUAUCAGGACUACCUGCAGGCUCCUUUACAGCCGCUGACUGUCAACCUGGAAAGUAUCACCUACGAGGUCUUUGAGAAGGACCCGGUCAAGUACGAAUGGUACGAACGGGCGAUUGCCAAAGCAUUGAAAGAUUGGGCAGACCAGAAAAAGCCCACUUCCCACCCGGAUGGGAAAGUGAUUCUGGCGGUUGUCGGUGCCGGUCGUGGUCCCCUGGUGACGCGCGCACUCAAAGCCAGUGCGGAAGCCGGAGUGGAGAUCGAUUUAUGGGCCGUGGAGAAGAACCAGAACGCGUUUGUUCUGCUGCAGCGACACAACGAAACCCUGUGGGGUGGCAAGGUCACCCUAGUCCAGUCAGACAUGCGCAGCUGGAAGGGCCCUCGUGUACGACGCCAGGCAGCACAGGGCUCUCAAGAGCCCGUGGGAGAGUCACUGGGCAUUGAAGACUCCUUGCUUUAUACCCCGAAGAAAGGCGAGAACGAUCCCGGCCGGGCAUCUGAAUUCUCCGACCCCAAGCCUUCUCCCUUGACCCACACCCAUGUUGACAUCGUGGUCUCGGAGCUGCUGGGUUCAUUUGCGGACAAUGAACUUUCACCAGAAUGUCUGGAUGGCGUGAAUGAUCUCAUAAACCCGGUGCAUGGAAUCUCGAUUCCAGCCUCGUACUCGGCCCACUUCACGCCAAUCUCCGCACCGAAGCUGCAUGCCGAUGUCGUUAGCCAGUCUGUUCCCAACCCGGCGGCACCGGAGACUCCCUAUGUAGUCAUGCUGCAUGCCAUCGACUUUCUGUCGACCUCCGAAUUGCCUGUGAACAGUGAUACCGCACCGGGCAACGGCGCGAACCGCUCUUCGGCCAUAACGGCGGUGACUGCUGCGACAGAGUUCCCCGAACCUUUUGUGCAAACUGCUUGGUCAUUCUCGCACCCGAACCGGAACAUCCCCGCGCAGUCCCCGUCGCGGUCCACUAUCUCCAACUCGCACAACGUGCGUCAAACUCGCUUGUCAUUCCCCAGCCAGAACCGUGGUGUUUGCCAUGGCUUGGCUGGGUAUUUUGAAACAGUCCUUUAUGGUGAUAUUGAGCUGUCCACAAACCCAGUGACCAUGGAAGCGAAGAGUGCCAGCAUGAUCAGCUGGUUUCCCAUCUUCUUUCCCUUGAAGGUCUGGUACGAGUGGGUGGUGGAAGUCUUCUCCCUUGAGCGGACCGCGACAUCGGCAACACGGCUCACGACCCCCUCUGUGGGUGGUGCUCGUACCAUGUCCCCUAGUAUGGACAGCGUUAAGAGCAAGGACAAUUGGGUAAAGCAAAACCCCCGGACAGGCUAUCGCCGCGUGCGGGUGGGAAUGAGUGACUUGCACUCGAGUAUCAAGGACGGAUGUCUGAUGUGA